CGCAUUAGAUCUACCCUGCCGGCUGAUGUGGGCGGAACUUGACCCAGCGCCGAGGGACAUCGGUGCUGGAUUCAAGUUAGUGGCUGAAGGGUUUUUAACCUCUUCAGCAUUGCGGGAGGGGGUCCCCGAUGAAGGGGGGGGGGGGAAUCUAAUAAGUCUAUAGUGCCAGGAAAACGGCUUUGUUUACCUGGCACUAUAGGAUCCCUUUAAAGUUUUCAUAAUAUGGUAUGUUCCACCUUUAUACAUUUAUUAUAUAAAAAUUAAAACAUUUAGUGUAUUUUGUAAACUAGAUUCAUGCUACAGAAGCAAAAUAAAUUAAUCAUACCAGUUAAGUUGCACAAUGGUGCCAUGUGACACCCAACUUUCUCUCAAUCCUGAUCCAGACUGGCUUUCUCCCCUGCUGUUAGGAGCACUGAGGGAAAGUGAAGCAUAGCACAUGAUUAUCCACUCUACACUAUUGCAAUAUAAUUCAUUGCAUCUAAGCCCAUAUACAUGCAGUAAAGCAGCACUUGACAUAUGGGCAAGUACUUACACCGAGGACACUCUCAUCUGGCAGCAAUGCCCUCGUCCACUCGCCAUCCCUCUUGUGUUACGCUACAUCUCCUUUCAUACAGCAAUAUAAACAAAUACCUUUUGGGUCCUGACUGCCAUGCCAGACAGAGGCAUCUAGUGAGAGCUCCGGCAAUUACUCUAACAAAAGCAGAUAUUCCUGCAGUGUGUACCCUCAUCAACAACGCUGGAUGCUCCUGAACCAAUCAAGGUGUUACCGGAAUGUAUAUUGCUGCCCCCGGGUGUCAACGCUACCGGGGAAGCCUGAGCUGGCUUGGCGGCCUAGUGAAUCUGGGUGAGUGGGGAUGCGGCCGAUCUCUGCCCUGGACCUGUGCUACCGAAUGGUUACCCCGGUCUGCUCCCUAUAGGCUCCCUGGCAACACUGAAGACAUGCGGCUUCUCCGCUGAACAAGUUACUGUCACUCACGCGACCACAAGGUGACGGGUGCCGUGUGCUCCUUCAAGCCAUAAUUAUAACUAUGUCCUGUACCACGUGAAUGAAAAACCAGAAUAGGCCCAUGGCCUGCUGCUCCGAAGAGCCAGACAAGUGCAAUGAGUCUGCAGACUGAGGCUAAUAGUGAGGAGAGAGGCUCCUGACACAUUGGGGACCGAAGAAAUAGGCAGAGACUCAUCGCGAGAUGCAAAGCCUGCUGGAUCAUGGGACUAUCAAGGGGAUUCCCGCUACCCAUACCUGAAUGUCACACAGUACCCCAACAUCACCGCGCACAUGGACCGCUGAGCCUCGUGCAGGGACUUCUGUGGAGGGUCUGUGAGUCCAGGGCUGGAUCAGGGACUACCUCUUUCUGACACGAAACCCUUGCAAUGCAUCUUGCCAACAAAACAGCUUUUGUGCUUAUUUUUAUUCAUUCUCUUUUCAUUUCUUUUGUUUGGCUCUCAUUCGUAGCGUGCUUGGGGGGCCUCUGAGAGCUCUUUACUCGGAGCUUGUCUGCCUAUACAGCUAGUCGCUGUGUACUCCAUAAAGCUUAUUCCCAGUGCACGUAGCCUGCAUCCGUACUACCCUACUGAUCUUAUCAAUCUGCACUGUGUUACUCUUGUCAUUGUUCAUGUUUCUUUCUUAUACAAAAAAAUUGCUGUUUUUUCUUACUUCUAGACUAUCCAAUGUGUGUUAAGUACUCUUUGAUAUGCCAAGCACAACAAAAAUUAAAUAAUUAUUAAAAAAAAUGAUUUAUUUGGAGCCAUGGGACCAUUUUUCACUAGUAUUGGUUUUUGGUAUGUUGUGUUUUACACAUGCAGGUUGCAUUUUGCUGUGUAUUCUAUAAAUUAUGCUAAACUACAUCAAUACCUCAGCAAUGCCUUUGUGUGCCUCAUUUGUUUUUGCAAUGUUUUUGUGAUAUUACAGGAAGGCUGGAUUUACUUCACAGGUGCCCUUCCAUGAAAACAAAAUCAAAAUAAAAUCGGUGACGUUAUAAAAACAGGAAUAGACCACACAUAUAUUUAUUUAUUUUUUUAAAUUCUUUAUUUUUGGUGUGCAUAGAGGUUUACAACAUUGCUUGUACAGCCACAUCAGCUCUCACAAGCGCAAGUUCCAAAGAAAAAAAAACAAAUGAGCUUACUUUACAUCGUGAUAUCAACUAGUUGAGUAAAAUAAUAACAAUAACAAUAGGUGGACAUAUGCUUUAACAGUGGUGUUUUAGCAGAUUUGUGCUAUGAGGGGUAGUACUAUAGUAGUGCGAUUAAGCUGUAAGUCAUUCGCACCCUGUAAUGAGAAGGGACUACGUCAGCCUUUCGUUUUGGCUCAGUUUAAGUGGGAGCGUGUGGUUUGUGCCUUAGAGUGAACGCUAGACAGGUUACGUCUUGGUAAGGUAGUCAGGUCUUAAAUAUUGUAGCAAUAAUUAUGAAAUAAGAAACACAAGAAAAAUUAGCUAAAUGCUUCUGUUGUCAGAAUAGAAGUGUGUAUCGCCUAUUUCGUUAGUGUGGCUUACGCUGCCGUACGAGUAGUGCAGUAUUAAUGGCAACCAUGUUGUUUUGCGGCUAGUUUGCUCUAAAUGUUUGAGUGACUCAUGUCGUGUGAGAUGACCCCUGUUCGGCUAGGCCAUUGUACUGUCACAGGGCCGUCUUUAAUAUUGCUUGGACCCUGGGCAAGCAUCUGUUUGGGCCCCCUGGGCAUGCAAUCACUCCCUCCACCCCAACCUAGAGACGAAACUAAUGUAGCGAGUGCCUUGGUGCAACAAAAAAAAAUUCAGGCCUGCCCUGUAGCACAAGAGUAAAGAAAAGAUAGAUCCCCAUCUGUCAUACAACUCCUGCGAUGCUAUGCCAGCUGGGGAUCUACCAUCCUUGCAGGGUUGUAUUUUUGAGCAGUGUUUGUGCAAAUGAAUGUCAGCAUGUUAUUGUAUAGAGUGUAUGUGUGCAUGUAGGAGUGUAUUUGUAUGUACUGUUACCAUUGGAAUGCAGUGGUGUACUUGUGUGUAGUGUUUGCAUUUUAAUGCAGGGAUGUGUGAUUGUUUGUAGUGUUGGCUUUUAAAUGCAGGUGUACUUUUGUGUGUAGAGUUGGUAUUUGUAUAUAAUUUUAGCGUUUUAAUACAGGAAUGUUUUUGCAUGUAAUGUUUGUAUUUGCAUGCAGGGGGGUGUUUGGAUGUAUUGUCUUUUAAAUACAUGUGUACAUUUGUGUGUAGUAUUACUGUUUCAGCAAACUGGUGUGUUUGUAAUGUUUGUGUUUGCAGGGGUCUGUUUGCAUGUUGUGUGAUUUCUAUAACACAUAUACACAUACACAUUAACACGCAGAUACACACAUGCUCACACUGACACAUGCUCACACCUUGACACAUACUGGCACACACACACACACACACACACACACACUCAGAUACACACCCUUUGACACACAGAUACAAGCACUUUGAUAUACACACACUGGCACAUACACAUACACACUGACACAGGUAUAUACACACACACUCAGAUACACACAUACAUAAAGGUAUAAAUGCAGGGGUGUAUAUGUGUACAGUGCUAGAGAUGGAAUGUAGGAGUGUAUUUGUGUUGGGAUUAAAAUGCUGGGAUGUAUGCAUUACCACACACUCAAAUGCACACUUACACACACACAGGUGCACAUACAGGUGUAUGAGGUAUACCUACACACAGACAAACACAGCCAGAUACACACAAGGACAUAAACACAGCCAGAUACACACAUAUAUAUGUGUACAUUUACAUAUUUUAAUCUCUGCCUUCUAGCAGCUCUUGGACAGCAACUCCCAGCAACCUUGGCCAAUAUAAUGUCUCAACUCUGUUCUUACAUACCCUGGUCCAGAAUUUGGCAUAAGUGACAUUUGAAAAUGGUGUACAGCCUUUGAUAACACUUGAUGCAAUAUGUUAAAAUAAAUACUUUUAAAAUUUAUAUUUAAUAGAGAACUGUCAGGUUCUUCUAGGAUUUUUAACAUGUACUUAUUCCCUGUGUGUUACAUUACAACCACCAACACACUUAAAUAAAAGUGAUAUCAGAAAUUAGCAAAACAAAAAACAAAACAUAUUUAGCCACCCUCCUGUCUCCUUACAUUUUGGGUACAGAAAGGUGGCUUCCCUGGUGUCCAGUGAGAGCUUGCUGGCCCAGGCUGAUGGGAGUCUGCCAUCAGCUUUCUCAGUCCCUCUCCCCCACAAUGCUUGUAUCCUCCUCCAUGUGGUGUGUGCCUCCUCCCCAGUGGCACUGAGGAGGAAGUGAUCAGUUCUUACUGGGAGGAAGCAAUCUGACCUCACUUCCUCCCAGCAUGCCCAGGAAACAAAGAGACUCACAGGGCAGUAUGUGAGGGGACUAGCUGUGAGUAUGUAGUCAGCCACCCCCCAUAUAACAGGGGCCCGGGCCGGUCCAGAGCAGUAUUAAAGGUUACCUCAGGUGCUGCAGGGGGCCCCCAGGAGUAACUGGGCCCGGGGCAGCUGCCCCUUUUGCCCCUCCUUAAAGACGGCCCUGUACUGUCAGGGUAGGGUUAAAUAUCUAGUUAGUCCUGCCAUAAGUAUAUGAAUGGGUGAGUAUAAGAAUGCGUCCCGUGUUUAAGUCAUAUGGAAAGGUCAAGGCUCUAUAAAAUGUUUCGGGCCUGGUUGAGCUCGUGUUCCUAUUUUGCGGUCAGUUUGGUCCCUGCGCUGUAACAUUCUAAGUAAAUGCGCAUUUACAGUGAUAAGAUAAUUUUGUGGCCUUAACGCUAUUAUAAACAAAUAACGAUCAUGGACAUUGGGGGGUCCUUACGGGCUGUCCUGCAUGGAGGACUGAGAGUCUCUGGGUGUGGGGUGGCGACUGUCACAAGACAGUCGAGUGCCCUGGGGUGUUAUCGUGUGGCUCUGCGAAGUCCCUCCUGAGUACCUCUCUCUGGGUAGGCGAAGGUCCUGGUUUUUCGAGGUUUCUCAAGCGACCAGCAGUGUGAUGCCGUCAGGUACAAAAUAAAAGUCCAUGGGAAGAAAAACAAAAAGAACUGGGUGUGAAGGAAACUAAAGUCUGAUGAUAGGUAGGAGCGACCUGCGCCUCUUCAGGGCGGUACAGUGCCGCUUGGAGCCCCAUUCCUCUCAGCAGGGUUGCCUGGCUGCGCCUUCAGCGGGACAAAUGGCUUGGUCCUUGCGGGGUCCCAGUUGUGCUUCUUGAUUCUGGCUUCCACUGGGCCUGUCGGCAUAAGGGAGUUCUCUGGCAGGCCAAGUGUGGUCAGCAGCCAUUUAGCCUCCGUUAGGUCUUGGACUGUGUGGAUCAUAUUGUCCUUUAGGACCUGUAGGGCCCUUGGCAUGCACCAUCUAUAGGUGAUAUCAUUUUGUCUCAGGAGUGUCGUGACUGGUUGAAGGGAUCUGCGCCACUGCAUGGUAUCUCCAGAUAAGUCUGAAAAGAAGGUAAGGUUGGCAUUUUCGAAGUUGAGCGGGGUCUUCCCCUGCAGGGCCUUAAGCAUGGCCGCUUUGUCUGCUCCAGAUCGGAAUCUCACCACCAGGUCCCCGGAGGCCGUGGCUGGGGCCGUCCUCGGUUUGGGGAUUCUAAAUAUCGCCUCAAAGCUCAGGGCUUUCGCUUGUUGUGGCUUCAGUAGUGUACCCGCGAGUCUCCUCACCAGGUGCGGGAGUUCUUCUGGCAAGACUCCGUCUGGGACGCCUCGGAUCUUGAGGUUAUUGCGGCGUCUUUGAUCCUCAAGGGCCGCAAAUCGGCGGUCCGUAGCUGCUUGGUGUUUUUUGAGCAUUUGUAGCUCUUUAUGUAGGUCCGCAAUUUCUUGGGCCUGCUUGUCUGUGUGGGCCUCUAUGGCUCCCAUGCGCCCGAUCAGGCCUGUCACCUCCGCCUGGAGCUGUGCAACAUCUGCCUGGAUCACCCGUUGUAAGUCACCCAGCAUUGUUCUCAGCGUGUCUGUUGUGAUCAGUUCAGGUUGCUUUGUGGGGGGCGAACAUGCCGCUGGUGUACUCAUCUAGGCUCAGUUCGUCCGAAGAGUCUAAGUACCCCGCCAUGUCGGCGGCCAUUUUGGCCCCUCGUGCGUCUUGUUCCUCGACCACACAUAUUUUUAACCAUAAUUCAGUCCUUACAAAAUUUUAUUUAUAAUUUCUAAAAAUUAAUUGAAAUCCUAGACAUGUUGGGACAUAUAACAAUAAAAGACUAAUUAGUGAAUUUAUUUUGAGUUGGUUUUCUUUAGGUGCACUUGGUGUGUAGAAAUUAUGAAAUGUAAAACUGAGAAACAUUUGAGUUUUUUAAAUAGUUUUAUUUCUAUUAUGUAUGGUGUUAUGUAUACACAUCUGGUAUCAAAAAACCUGAUUUCUCCUUUUAACCCUAAACACUAGACAUGUGCAAAUUCUGACAAAUUUCGGCCAUUCGGAUGCUUCAGAAUUGACGAAUUUUGGAAGUGCCAAAGUACUUUGGAUUUCUGAAAAGUGGCAAAACCGGAGAGGGAGGGAGGAAAAAUUAAGGGAAUGAUGACAGGAGUCUAACCCUACCCCUAGGGAAUUGCUGAAGUCCUGACUUUCGGAAGUACCGAACCGAGGUCCCGAAUUUCGGAAGUGCAGAACCCGAUUUUUUUUUGCCCAUGCACAUCCCUACUAAACACUAUUCUUCAGCAACAUGUUUUCUCUGUGCUGGGUGGUGGUGAUUAGCGGAGAGUGUCAAUUGACCACUUUCAGCCUAUCACAAUUGUCCAUUGUGGGUAUUACUUGGUAUAAUAUUGUAAUCUCUGGCUUAUUGAGGGCCAGGUUGUGGGUGGACAGGGAACCUGAUUCAAUUUUAAAGUGGUACUGGCACCCCUAUAUUAAAAAUGAGUAUUUCAUAAAGAUAGAAUCUUUAUGAAAUACCUAUGCUGACUGUUUUGGAAUUUCACUGAAAUUCUAACCCAGUCAAGAGAUAUACAAAGACAAAUUAGGGACUACUUUGUCUCUGUAUUUCUUCUCCGUCUGACACAAGGCGGAGCCUAAUCUGCUGUGUCUAUUUGGAACAUUGACCUCAAUGCUGUACUCUCGCGCAUGCAAAGAUUGUCGCUCCCGCGCAUGCAGACAUCAGCCAUUCUGUUGAAGAUGUGCUUGGGAUCAUUUCUGAUCUUCAGAGGAUUUAAUGGUCAACUCAACAACUGCAAAGUUUCCAGGUUCUGUGGCUGCAAAACAAGCCCAAAUCAUCAGUCCUCCAACACCGUGCUUGACAGUUGGUAUGAGCUGUUUGAGCUCAUGUGCUGUGUUUGGUUUUUGCCAAACGUGACUCUGUGCAUGAUAGCCAAACAUCUCCACUUAGGUCUCGUCUGCCUAAAGGACACUGUUGUGGUUUGUUAAGAUGCAACUUUGCAAACCUAAGCCAGAGAGAAAAUGCUUUCUCCUGGCAACCCUUUCAAGCAAACCAUACUUGUUCAUUCUUUUUCUAUUUGUAAGGCUAUGAACUUUAAUAUUUAACCUGAUAACUGAGGCCUGUAGAGUCUGAGAUGUAACGCGUGUUUUUUGGCAAUUAGCUGAUCAUUGUACGAUCUGACCUUAGGGUGAAUUUGCUGGGAUGUCCAUUCCUGGGAAGAUUGGCUACUGUCUUGAAUGUCUUCCACUUCUGGAUAACCUAUCUCACUGUAAAAUUAUAGACUUUAAAUUGUUUGAAAUUUGCCUUUUAACCCUUUCCUGUUUUAUGGGCAACAGUUGCUUCUCUCAUUGUUGUUGAUGUCUUUCCUUCACGGCAUUGUGUUAACACACACCUGAAUGUUCCAGACCUGCAAACUGCUAAAAUUUCAGGUUUUUUAGAGGUGGUCACACUUGCUGAUGAUCAAUUAAGGGCAUUUGAUUAGGAGCACCUGUUUUCUGCUUAGCCUCUUAAUUCAUAUGGAAGCGGUAAGGGUUUUUCACACAUGGCGUCUCCAUUUGAUAAAUAAAUCAUGAUACAGUGUAAUAUGUCGUGUUCUAGUUUAUCGGAGGUUGUAUUUAUCUAAUUUUAAUACCUGCUAAGGAACAGAUGAUUGUUAUUAUAUCCUGUAAAAACAUAGAAUGCAAAUAGUGUACUUUAUUUUUCCCAUGACUGUAAAUAAGACAGGAUAGACAUAAGUGGAACUAUGUUGGCAUCAAACAGAUCCUUUGAGGUUAAGAUUUUAAUUACCCUAGUAUUGUAUAUACUACAUUUUAACUACAUGCAACCAUAGCUACUAAUUGCUAUAGCAGUUUGGAGUCUGCUUUUCCAAAAAUAGGUGCAUAUUUAUUUAGAAUACACCUGAGCAGGGAAUUGGACAAUUGCAGCAAUUUUUUAUUUGUCAAGUGCAUAUUAUGUAAUUAUUUCCCCAAUUAAAUACUGGCGCUAAUGGCCAUUUGAUUUUACAGAUGCCACGUGAUGAGACUGUGUGCAAGUAUUGUGGUGUCAGCUAUUUGAUUCUGCAUGAGUUUAAACUUUUGGAAGACAAAAUGAAGGCAUUGGAGAAAGAGCUGAAAUUAUGUCAAGGAAGUGUGGAGAGAGAGAAAGCACUUCAGGAAGAGCUUCAACGCCUCGGCCAAGAGCUUGAACAAAGCAAGACUGACAGUAAUUCCAAAGCAGAAAGGUCAGGACAUGCUAUUCAUCUUUAUUUUUUAAUUUUAAUAAACUCGUUAAUGCAGUCCAAAGCAGACGAAAAAAAGUCUCUCUAGCCUGCCAAAAGCAUGUUAUGUCAGUUAGGGCCUACAGCUGAAUAGAUGCUACUGUGUUAAUGAAAUCUUUAUUUCACCCAUUCCUCGGAGGCUAAUAUAUACUUCUUUAGCAGUAGCUAUCAAAACUAGCCCAUAGUGUUGUACUUGAGAAAAGGUCACUGCCUCUUGUUUGAUAUAAAAGCCAUUAACAUGAGAGAGUACAUUGAAAACACAUUCAAUAUUGCUUUAUUGACUUAGUGUUGUGUAAGUAACAUAUUAAUGGAUACACUGAAUUCAUCCACCAUGUGCCACUGGACAAAUAAAAUUAAUGUACUGACUUUUUCUUUUUGAAGGAAAUUAGGGGAAUAUAUCUUUAGUUGCUUUAGUCUCCUUAAAGGUAGUGCUAAAUAAAAGAACAGCCAUCACUUCUCCGUCAAAUGACAUAAUUAUAUAUUUUUUUUCUUCAAGUGAUACUACAUUUUCUUUAAAAUGUUUAUUAAAGAUUUAACACUUGCCAUUACAAUCCAGAUCAGCGCAUGUCGUCAGGCAAGUAUUCGAUAAAGGGAACCACUGUUUCAAUUUAACCUCGUCUCAUUAUGUCAGAGGUGUACAUAUGUCACAGACUAGAUUUGGCCUGCUGGACUUUGCUCACGUACCCAGGCCUUGUGUGUAGUUUGGGCACAUGGGAAAUUAGGUCCCACACUCCCAGCAUCAUUUAUUGCAAGCUGCAUUUACUGCAUGUGCUUGCACAGUGUGAAAGAACAGGAACAGAGAGAGAAAUGAGCGAGUAAAUUUUAAACUGGGGGCAGGGUUGGUAGUCAUGGAGAGCAGACGCAUGUCGGAUGGCCGCAAUAGAUUUGCAGAAUAACACGGCAAAUAACCCUCACCCACACACUUUUUCCCCCCACAAACCGCUCCUGACUUCCCGAGCCACUAUGGGGAAAAGAGCCAAGAAGUUUAAGGCUCUCACAGGAGAAGGUUCCCGCAACAUCGGAGACCUGUUGCGAGGAUGAGAUGCUGGACACCCCAGAUGACAUCCCCAACAUGACACUCCAUGACACUCUGCUGCCAGAGGAAGACUUGUCAGCCCCUGUUAACCCCUUAAGGACACAACUUCUGGAAUAAAAGGGAAUCAUGACAAAAUAUUUCCAUCAUGUGCCCUUAAGGGGUUAAUAAGGGUGACUUUAAAGCCCUCCUCAUGAUUAUCAGGACACUCUUUAAUGCAGACCUGUCAGUCAUAAGGGAGGAAAUCACGUGCGGUCACAGCUAGAGUCUAGGCUACGGAGGUUGAUAUCCCCUCCAUUGCCCAUAAGCAAGCAGACACCGCGGAAAGUAUGAAACAGUUGCUGACCUCUUAGCAGACCAUGCAGGUCAGAAUUGAUGCUCUGAACGACGUGCGAUGGCCCAAUAAUUUAAAGAUAUGAGGUAUUGCCGAAAUUAUCGAGGGGCAAGAACUCCCACUCUUUAUCAGAUACCUGUUGGCCACUCUCCUACACCAACGCUAAGCCAAAGGAAUGCAAUUCGAUCAUUGCUUCCCUCUGCCAAAAUCGACCAGGGCCUGAGGCUCCACGCGGAGCUCCACCGCUUGAUACAGUCGCUGCUUACAGCACGUCCCUGGUAAGGGGCUAAAUGCAAAAGCAAGGAUACCCUAUAAACUGUUCCCUACGUUAGUGCGAGCGCUUUGAAGCACAUAUGUUCAUGUAUAUGUGUAUGUGUGUAUAUAUAUAUAUAUAUAUAUAUAUAUAUAUAUAAAGGGCAAGUCUAUUGCAAUACUAAUGUCUCUCACAACAACUCCUGUAACCAUGAUUAAUUGAUGCUGUAGUGUCGUUUAAUACCUGUGUUAUCAUUCAUGCCUGAAAAAAAUUAAAGAAACUCAAUUUUAAACUACCAAGGAUGAGCCUUUCAUCACUGCAUGGAAAGGUAAGAAAGUGGAAGGGGACCUGUAUAUUGUGGGGGAAAAUGAGACUAUUACAAUGCUCUUUAGUAAUAAAAUAUUACUGAGUAUUAUUGCUUUGGAUCUUUGUGAUACACUAAUGCACCACUCAAUACAGUUUUUUUGUGGCGCUCUGUGAUAUUACCGUUUACAUGUGUUUGGCAUAGAUUCACAGUAAUAUUAAAUGUAAACACUGCAUGCCACUAUAGAUAUAGAAAUAUAUCUGUUAUAUUGGGCCCUCCAUUUUUUACGUAAAAGUCAGCCCUCCAUGGCAAAUUCUUCCUCUAUGCUGACUGACAGGGGCAAAGAGAUGAGCUGAUAACCUUGACAGGCAGUGGUGUUUAUUUUAAUUAUAUAUAUAUAUAUAUAUAUGUGUUGUCUACAGAAAUUACCCUUAAAGUCUGUGGGAAUUUCUGUAGAUAAUUCAUUUGAAACAUUUUUUCUAAUAGAUUGUGAUCAUUUGAAAAGAUAAUACCAAAAUAUUAAAUCCGCUAAAUGAAACAGACAUGUAAUUCAUGACAAACAAAUCAGCAUGUAGCGCUAAAGAGACACUAUAGGCACCCAGACCACUCCAUUUUAUUGGAUUGGGUGCACUGUCCCUGUUCCCUUAACCCUGCAGAAUAUAUUUUAGACAAACUGCAAUGUUUACACGCACUGCACUUUCCUUCAUCGGCUGACUUGGAGAAAAAGGAGCCCGACGCAGAGCUGAGGAUCAUUGGCACUGUAAUUUGGUAUUUUUAAAGUGUUUAACCCUUUACAUGGUUGUGGGGGGCAGCAGGGGCAGAGGGACACAGGGACACCACAGUGUUAGGAAUACAGCUGUGUGUUCUUUUAAGAAGUGAUAAGGACCCACUUGAACAAGUAAGCAUUGUAGCCCCAAAACCAAGAAAAUUACUUCAGAUUACUACUUUGAAUUGAAAACCAUGCAAGGGAUUUAUUUAAUUUGUUGUUUGUUUUUAAGAAUAGAGAAUUGCACAUUUUAGCCACUAUUAGAGAGUUUUCCGUUAUUAUGACCUAAAAAUUCUAAUUUCCUGCUGGCACAGAUAUAAACCCUGACACAGUUACAACAUAAAGAUUACAGCAGUACAACGACAGGGUGGGAAGAGGACGGGAGAAGGGAACCAUAUUAAAAGGUCGGGGGGAUAAAUAAAUAUACACAAAGAUAGUACUGAUAACAAACAGUAUCUCUGUAACACACACACACACACACACACACACUCUCUUUCUCUCUCUCUCCCUCUCCCCUUCCCCCUCGCUCUCCCUCUCCCCCUCCCUCCCCCCUCCUCUCCACCCCCCUCUCUUUCUCCCCCUCUCUCUCUCCCCCUCUCACACACCCAAAACUCCCAGGUGAAGGGACACGACACAAAUCAAGGUGAAGGAAGCCAGGGCACCACCUAGAUGCCGGGGAAGAGCCACACAAGUACACCAGGGACAUACGAAGCCCAUAUCUAGGGAGACGGGAACCUGGAAAGGCAUACAUAGGGACAGCUGACACACAACCCAUAGUUAGACGCGAGCAGGACCAAUACAAUAGGGAGCCAGACAGGUACGUUGUACGAUGUUCACAGAUAAAUGCGUGAUGUUCGGCACACACUGGAAACCCAAACACACUAGUUCAAGCCAGCCUCCAGGCCGACCCGGAGCAACGCACCAGAUAACAAUCCAGGUUCUAGAUAUUGUAUGCAACUUGGUGACAUGGGGGCCUUCCCCCAGACAUCUCAAACCCCCACCGCCGCCCCAUACCAUGCGGCGACAGGGGACAAGUAUUGGGGUAGGGAAUCACAGCUACACCCAAACCAAACGGAGAAACCCUGCAGGCCCGAUACGACUCCCAAGGCACCUCAUGCCAAAGCGCCCCCACCUCAUGUGACAGCUAGGCCCAGUUCAAGCCGGCAUCAAACAAACCAAUCCUUGCACACGAGCAGAUAACAGACCAAAGAGGCAGACACGGACUGCCACACCACGCACUCAGAGAUCCAUACUCCCUACAAAAUAAGGCACAGAGCGGGUGCUCAGAGUACAUAACCACUUAGGAGAUAACAGACCAAGGACUGCGUAUAGUACUGAAAAAAUACACGUAGACCCACUAGACGUCCCGAAGCGGACUGAGCCGCCACAGACGGAAAGCCCCACACCCCCACAGGCAUAGGACAUAGGAAUCCCCACCUGUCAGGGGACACACAACUCCCGAAAUAGACCCAGCCCCCAUACAGACCGGGCCGCACGGUCGAACACCCGGGACGACUGUCCAUUAACCUACAGAACUACAAAAGCCACAUAGUCGAAGUAAAUAGACGCAGAACAAGUAUCAACUCUGACCAUACACACGGCGGUACAACACCACACACUCACAUACUCCCCAACCGUACCCCACAACAGACUCAUCCACCCCUGUGGCCUUUCAGAGGAUGCCAGACUCGGGACCUGGCAGAUUUAACAGGGAAGACCUAACCAUACUCUCAUACUCUCACAAGGUUUAAAUGUCAGGGAGAAGCGCACAAGACUUUUGCGAGACCUGAAACACUACAGGGCAUCAAUAGCGUUUCUCCAAGAAACGCACUUUCAAGAAGGAAGAGCUCCGGCACUGAAGGACCGCAAUUUUAGAAUGGGAUACUUUAGCAACAACCCGGACAGACGCACGCUGGGAGUAGGUAUCCUAUUCUCCAGCAGAACCCCACACAGAACAAGCCACCGCCAGAUGCAAACAGGGCAGGUAUAUCUUCACCAAAGACACGAUCCUCGAACAAACCUACACGUUCGCCAAUGUCUACGCCCUGAACACGAAACCAUUCCACUUCCUUCGGAACGCACUAAAUACCCUGAUGAAGUUCGCAGAAGGCACUCUGAUCGUAGGGGGUGCACCCAGAUCAAGAUUCUAUAUCUGCGUUCGGAACAACCCCGCAUAAUAGACAUGCGAACACUCUCCGCCUACUACGCCAACACCAAUUGGCAGACUGCUGGCGAGCGCUAAACCCAACGACACGGGACUAUCCCUUCUACUCGCAGACCCACUCAACUUAUACGAGGCUAGACUACUUCUUAAUGUCACACCACAACUUGGCCCUACUCAAAGCAGCAGAAAUCCUGCCAAUGACGUGGUCAGACCACUGCCCGAUCCCCAUACGGAUGAAAUCACUGUUAUUCAAGCCCAGACAGAUGUCCUGGAGACUGAACGAAUCAAUCCUAUCGGAUGUGAUAGUGACAGACAAAAUAGGCCAAAUAAUACGGGACUACUUCCAAGAUAACGAAACAGAGGAUGUGACACCGAUGACCUGCUGGGAGGCACACAAGACGGUAGUACGGGGCCACAUCAUAGCAAUAUGCGCGACCCACAAAAAGGCGGCAGUACAGGAAAUAACCAAGCUCAGCGGAGAAAUUGCGAUCCUGGAAGCCAGACAUAAAUGAACCCUAGAAAUGAUGAUAUACAGAGAGCUAACAGACAAGCGAAACCAACUAACCACGCACCUUAACAGAACGAUCCAAAGCUCAUACCAACACUACAGACACAUGAUACACGAACACGGAGAUAAAUGCGGGAGACUGCUAGCCAACCUCCUGAAGCAACGUAGAACACAACUGUAUAUACCGAAAAUAAAAAACGCACAGCAACAAAUCAAACACCUCCCUGACCAAAUAGCAACGGAAUUCCAACGGUACUACCAAGACCUCUACCACCUCCGAAAGGAAGCACAGGACGACCAGAGACUUCAUAAAUCAGCGGACAUACGCAAGUACUUGGACUCUGCAAAUAUACCAGAAAUAACGGAAGCAGACAGAGAAGCACUGGAAGCGCCUAUAACACCCGAAGAAUUGGCAUACGCCAUCACGAAAGCUAAAACGGGCAAGGCACCGGGACUAGAUGGACUGCCCCUCCAAUACUACAAGAUCUUCACGCAAGAGGUUCAACCGAAACUACUUAAAGCCCUGAAUUCCGUCCAGGACGGAGCUGCACCGACGGCACAGUUCAUCUCGGCGAACAUUACCCUGCUCCCAAAGGAGGGCAAAGACCCGACAUUAUGCCCAAACUACCGCCCAAUUUCAGUGCUUAAUACAGACAUCAAACUCCUGGCGAUCAUUCUGGCAACGCGACUAGCACCGCUACUGCCGGACUCAAUUCACCCGGACCAGACAGGGUUUAUCCCGGCAGGGAGGUGAGGGACAACACCAUCAGAGCCCUGAACAUCAUCGCACACGCUAGAGCACACAAGACACAGACCCUCCUUCUAUCGUCAGACGCGGAAAAGGCAUUUGACAGGGUGGACUGGGACAUGAUGUUUGCGACCCUCCAGGCCUUUGGGAUGGGACCUAACUACCUUACGUGGGUACAGGCUCUUUACACCUGCCUAACGGCACGAAUCCGGAUAAACGGAGCACUGACGAAACCGUACAAUGGAUCAACGCCCUUGAUCUUCGCGUUGACGCUGGAGCCGUUUCUGCAGAGGAUCAGACAAAACAUAAACAUACAGGGCCUCGUAAUUGGAACAACACAACACAAAACUCUAGCAUAUGCGGACGACAUGCUGUUUGUGGUCACACAUCCAGAGACCACCUUGCCGGUGAUGCAGGCAGAGUUCGAAGAAUAACCUUCAAAUAAAUUACACUAAAUCGGAGAUCCUCAACCUCACCAUCAACCACGCCCAUAAACGAACACUCCAAAGACAACACCCAUACCGCUGGUGUGACCAACGCAUGCGGUACCUAGGGGUAUGGCUCACACCCAACCCGGCAGACCUUUACACCCACAACUACCUCCCCAUACUAAAAAAAGCAACGGAAGAACUAAAUAAAUGGAGCUCUCUCUACGCUUCGUGGCUAGGCAGAGUAAAUGCCGUCAAGAUGACGCUACUACCAAAACUUCUCUUCGUGUUCCAAACUGUACCAAUACUAGCUCCACAAACCUUCUUCAAGACACUAUGGGCAGAGGUCCGCACGUUCAUAUGGAAGGGCAAAUCCCCACCCAUAGCGCACGAUCAACUAACCCUUCCUAAACUCAGAGGAGGCCUGGCGCUCCCCGAUUUUGAAAAAUACUACCAGGCAGCGCACCUCACCAGAGUCGCCAGCUGGUCGGUUGCCAGCGGAACGGAACCGUGGACCCAGUUAGAAUCCGACAUCUCUAACUGCGACCUUCGAACUCUACCAUGGAUACCCAGGGCCACAUACAAGCAUAAACAUAUCACCAACCCAUUUGUGGCGGUGACCAUGAAGAUCUGGCACAGGCAAGGCACGAAGCAGUACCUCACAACGGACCCAGGCCCGCUACUGCCGUUAAGAGGCAACCCAGACUUCCCAGCAGGAGACCGCGGCCCCACGCCGGGCCCGGUAGGACGCACAAUCCCCGCAUGAUGGAUGUCCUCCAGCGACCAUUUGAUGACCGCUCCGUCACUGACCUCUUUCCAGACAGGACGCUUACCUUCUCACACACACUGGUGAAGCACAAAUAGCCGGACAUGCUCGAUCCAUCCCACAAAAACCAUCCCUGCUAAGAGAACCCACGCAAUUCGAACUACUCUGUACGCAAGAUAAGGACACACCACGUGCCAUUUCGCAGAUAUAUGCAAUGCUAGUCACUGGUAGGUACCUACUGGCACCCCCCUGCAUGAGAAACUGAGAGGAAGACCUAGAUGAACCCAUGAGGAAGACCUAGAUGAACUGUGACAAAAGCAUCACCCUGAUACAAAAAACGCCUAGCUCAGCAAGGCUGCAAGAAAACUCAUACAAAGUAUACACCAGAUGGUACUUGACACCGACAGCGCUCUAUACCAGGAAUUCGGAAGUCUCAGACACGUGCUGGAGAUGUGGAAAUGAGAGAGGUACAUUCAUACACACCUGGUGGACAUGCCCACGUCUUCGACCGUUCUGGAACACAGUUAGAGAGGUAAUACAUGAAAUAACAGACGAAAUGCUUCCAAAAUCCCCAGCAACAUUCCUCCUUCAUCACACAGAUAGGUCUAAACCGACAUACAGUAAAUCUGUCAUCCCGCGGCUCUUAAACGCGGCCAAAGCGACGGUCCCAAUCUCCUGGAAGCAGGCUACCACACCCUCAAUCGCAAGAUGGGUGGAAGAGGUAGAAGCAACCAGGAAAUUCGAAGACGUGAAGAUCGCUACAUUAGCAACCAGGAAAUUCGAAGACGUGAAGAUCGCUGGAUUAGACUAACCGCCUCUGACGCUUUUCAGAACCGCAUGGUGACACAGUAGGCGGGGGAGGAGAGUACUAAACCAAAAUAAAUAAAGCACCAAUGUAAAGAGAUGGAGAACGGCGAACCGGGACAGCAACAGGGGAUGGAAUCACCCACCAUCACCCCCUCAUAACACUCACAUACGCACAGACAAGACACGACCCGCCCAUACGUAUAGACAUACAUCCAAAGGACUACUGAAGCCGAGACAACGAACAUACUUGACUGGGACUUAUACAAGUGAACACACACCACAUACAAGCAGCCGCGCGCCGAGCACACACGGAAAACACAUCCGACUAGAGGGCACGCUUCCACGGACACAUCAAAAACGCUGCAACUACAAACUGCGAUACCUGAAAUCAGGCCCAAUACAAACACACAGACGGUUACAACAUAGAGCCGACAGCCACUGAAGCCAGACAGGAACUGAAAGGAGUUGCGAAACCACACAAUCCAUGCACCACACGCACACACAGCCCAAAUACCGACCUAUACGAUCCAUCCCAAACCCCACAGGACAACACUACAGCCAUGUUCACAAGUGAAUCCGUCUAAACAUGACAACACCACGACCACAUGGAAGGUACACACGGAAAACGAUUCAGGAACACCGGAACAUGAGCCACAAAGACGCAACACUAGAGGCAGACACACAGAGCUCUGGAGUAAAGCAACACAACACAGGUAAAAACACAGACACAUACAAUAGAGGAGACACAGACCUACUGCAAACGGCUCUAACAUAUCUAGCAAAGAGGACAGCUACGAAACAUACAAAGCCAAUACAACCUCAAUACACACGAGCAAAUAGCUACACGACACACUAGAGCUCAGGGCAGCAAGCAAAGGGCAGCAGCACGCAACUGCUCACCCACAGCCCUAACGAAAACAAAUAGGCAUCACAGAUUAUUAGAGUGUAAAAAGCAAAGUACUCUGCUAUGUACCAAACGGUUAAGUUAAACUGGCUAUGACAAAUUCGCCUCAGCGAAAGCAACCAAAGGCGCAAAAAGCUGACCCUUUGUUUAUUCGAGAAGCACCAUAUAAAGCUGUACAUUAUGCAGCAUCAUGUCUUAUCUACGUUGUGUUCCGGUUUUAUGCUUGAUGGUUCUUGAGGACUGAAAAGCCUCAGUAACAUGUUUAUGCUAUAAUUUCUUAAAUUUGUAACCUUUAUUUACUAUAUCAUAUAACUGAGAAUAGAUUUGGUAGCCAUAUGCAUGUUCCCUUAUUUAGGAACACAGUGCACUCUUUAAGCACACAGUGCACAAAUUUUAUUGUUGUGUCUCUUAAAUACGGCUAUAUGAAUAGGAUCAAACUGGGAUCAUAACUCUGCGGUAGCCACAAGGAAGUAUUACUGUGUUGCAAUCUAUAGCUACCUGUAUAUCUAAUGUUAAAGUCGGUGGUUUAUAUACAAUCAGAAACCCAAAGGAAAGUUCUAUGCAUCACAUAGAUAGCACUUAAUAUUAGAAUUCAUAGACCGGAUUCAAAAUACAUUUAUAACAUAUCAUGGCCUGUACAAACAUGUUAGACACAUAAACAACGCACUAAAUAACUAUGCUUUAAUUUCUGGUAGUAAGCAAGAACAUUAUUUUCAUAAGGCAUCUCUGGGCUAUAUGCAAAUAAAACACUAGCCCUUUAUUGCAUACUAUGUCUCAACUGCAGUUCAUGGCAAAAUAAAUUAAUACGCAGACAAAGGCAUCAAGGACAAAAACACAGCAUUGCUAGAAAAUACCACACUCAUUUCACUCUCAAAAUAAGGUAGUCGUUAGUUAAGUGUAAAAUGUACUAUGCACUACUUUGAUCAGACAUGUAUUACAAACGUCAUGAUUAACUUGCCUUUGCGCGGGCAAUAAAUGGCAUUCCGACUCAUGUAACAGAUAACAGCGCCUCUGCGUAGGCGAUUACCCGCUUAAAAACAAAACUAAGUUUGAAAUGGAAGUUAUGAUGUGAUAACAAUAAACAUAUUCAAAACAAAAUAAAGAUUAAACAUGUUACCGGUCCUUAGAAGUGGCUGGGCUUUCAUGCAGGACAAUAAACGUUAGACAAGCUAACAUUUAGGGGAUAUCAGAAAUCAAAUAAUCGCUCAAACAGAGCCACGUCAAGGGUAGCACGAAUCAGAGUAAGCAAUGGUUCAAGAACACAGAAAAAUCAUAAAUACUUAGAACACUAUUGGGUCAAAGAGAAACUGCAACAGGGCACAGAACUACUACAAGUUAAUGCUAAUGUUUGAGCUUGAAGAUAAAAUAAAUGCAAAACAUGUAUGUAUACUAAAUGUGGAUUAUCAGUUCAACUAAAUGCAAAAUAUUAAGAUUCACUACGCUAACUUUAUCCUAUCUAGAAGGAAGGUAUUUUCUAUUUUGAGAGGAAGAUGAAUAGAUGAAGUGCAUGAUCACAAUGUGGACUUUUAAUUUAUCCUGUAAAAUUGCAUUGCAUUAUCAUUUCUCCCACACCCAACCUAUUUAGAACUAAUUUACACCUGAUAAUCAACAUUAAAUAUAUAAUACAGUUAUCUAGAGCUCAGUAUUGUACUAAUUGGCAUCAUAUCCGGUGUCGGCUAAUAGAAAGUUCUGACCACAGCUCAAGUGCAUUAGUUCUUCCAUCUUAAAGGACCACUAUAGUGCCAGGAAAACAUACUCGUUUUCCUGGCACUAUAGUGCCCUGAGGGUGCCCCCACCCUCAGGGUCCCCCUCCCGCUCGGCUCUGGGGAGAGGAAAGGUUUAAAACGUACCUUUUUUUCCAGCGCUGGGCGGGGAGCUCUCCUCCUCCUCUCCGCCUCCGAUCCUCCCUUUCGGCUGAAUGCGCACGCGUGGCAAGAGCUGCACACGCAUUCAGCCGGUCUCAUAGGAAAGCAUUUACAAUGCUUUCCUAUGGACGCUUGCGUGUUCUCACUGUGAUUUUCACAGUGAGAAUCACGCAAGCGCCUCUAGCGGCUGUCAAUGAGACAGCCACAAGAGGAUUUGGAGGCUGGAUUAACCCUAUUAUAAACAUAGCAGUUUCUCUGAAACUGCUAUGUUUAUAAAUAAAAGGGUUAAUCCUAGAGGGACCUGGCACCCAGACCCCUUCAUUAAGCUGAAGUGGUCUGGGUGCCUAGAGUGGUCCUUUAAAGGUGUAAGUUCCAUGCUCUAGUGCAGUGAUGGCGAACCUUUUUGAGCCCGAGUGCCCAAACCGCAAUUUUUUUUUCUCCUUAAAGUGCCAACACGGCAAUUAAACCCAAAUACUGAGGUUUAAGUUUAGAAAAAACAACUCGUACUGUUGUCCGAACUAAUAACUUUUGUUUUAAAAGAACACAGAGUUCAAUGAUACAAAUUUAAAAUAAUGAUAUAAAUAGAUAAAAUUAAGCUUAUAUUUAUUAGUAUCUCCAACAAAUGCAAUACAUACACACACAGUCUGCUGAAUACACACACACACACAAGACUGCUGAAUACAGAGACUGAUGAAUGCACACACACAGUCUGCUGAGUACACACACACACAGUCUGCUGAGUACACACACACACAGACUGCUGAGUACACACACACACAGACUGCUGAGUACACACACACACAGACUGCUGAGUACAAACACACAGUCCACUGAAUACACGCACACACACACACUGCUGAAUACACACACACACUGCUGAAUACACACACACACUGCUGAAUACACACAUACUGCAUUGAGGUGGGGGGGUGCUGUGUGUGUGUGUGGGGGUGCUUGUGUGGGGGGUGCGUGUGUGUGUGAGUGUUGUAUGUGACGGGUGCUGUGUGUGUGUGUGGGGGGGUGCUGUGUGUGUGUGCUGUGUGUGUGUGUGCUGUGUGUGUGUGUGCUGUAUGUGUAAGGGUGCUGUGUGUGGGGGGUAGGGGUACUGCUAGGGUAUGUGGGGGUAGGGGUACUGUGUGUGGGGGGUAGGGGUACUGUGUGUGGGGGGGGGUAGGGUACUGCUAGGGGGUAGGGGUACUGUGUGUGGGGGUAGGGGUACUGCUGGGGAGGGUAGGGGUACUGCUGGGGAGGGUAGGGGUACUGUUGGGAGGGUAGGGGUGCUGCUGGGGAGGGUAGGGGUGCUGGGGGGUAGGGCUAGUUCUGGGGGGGUAGGGGUGCUGUGUGUCAGUAUACCCCCCCUCCUUCCUUCUUACCUUUAAUGAAGUGGGGGUGGGGGGGGCGACACACAGCCAUCCCUGGUGGUCCGGUGGUGGUAAGCACUGCAGGGGGAGGGAUCUGUGAUGCAGCUCCCCUGUCCUCCUGCGCAAUGCUGUGUGGAGCAUUGCCAUAGUAACGCGCGGCAACGCUCCACACAGCAUCGCGCGGGAGGACAGGGGAGCUGCUUCCUAGAGCCCUCCCCCUGCCUCCCGACCCGGAAGCAGAGUAGGCGCCUGCCGUUUCGGGCAGGCAGGUGCCUACUCUGCAUUGAUGGCGAACCUGUGGCUGCGUGCCCACAGAAAGGGCCCAGCGUGCCACCGGUUCUCCAUCACUGCCCUAGUGAUACCAGACAUUAAGUUAAAGGCGCAACAACCAGCAAUGCUUUCAUUGCCACAACAGUGUCAUUGAGCAGAAUUGAAGCAAAGUCCACAGGUUGGUUCACAGGAGCCAGGAUCUGAAGUGGUCCAGGCAAAUCAACAACUUCAAUGCAAAGGCUCAGUAUUGAGCUGGGUGUUGCCUUUUGUAGCUGAAGUAAUCAACCCAGGCAGGUGAGGUAGAGAUGGAAAUCUCAAUGAUAGUGGUUAGGGAGGCCACUAAAGGCAAAUAUUAGUCACUGCAGGAACAAAUUUAAGAAAAGUGAAUAAAGUUCAGAAUUUAGAUUUUUUUUUUGAUCCUGACACAUAGUUUGUCGCACAACAAUCAGCUUUAUCCCCCUAGGAGGCCCUCACCGCGGCAGCUCUAAUCCCUAUGCAAGGGGUAACAGGAUAACGGAGUGUGAGCCUUCAGGACCACAAAUCAUAAACAAUAAAAUAUUUAAAUGCGGUAGCCAUCAGGGGCCCGAAAAAUUAAUGUCAUUACACUUUCCCCUAUCAAGGAAUAUAGGUGGUAAGAGAAAUACAAAUAAUAAAAUGUGAUUACCACUAUUCAUCCCCCUCUUAGCCUAUGCCCUCAGAGGGCAGAGUACAGUCCAGCUGUACAGAGAAGAAUUGCAGGUACUUGCUGUUGACUCCAGAGCCAUGUCGCGGUUGGUUGUUUCCUGAGAAUCAAUAUCCCACGUGGGGGCCCUAUUGCAGGCCGCUGUAGAUAGCUGUAUUCACGCUUACAGUGAACACAGUCCUGCAGUAUAUAGGCACCGAGCCUACCUACUGGUGGGUAGUGUCCAUGUGGAAGUAGCUUCGUAGCAUCUGGGUUUUUUCACCGCACCUCCGACAUUCGUUGGAAUCCCGAUAUGUACUGCUAGGGCUCCCUUUCUUGUGUCGGUCGACGCUGAGGCAAAGGAUGGAGUUUGUGUUUCUGCCAUCUUGGGGCCUUCUUCUCAGUGUGAGUUGAGGGCUUCUGAUGUGGAGGAAGGGUUGGCACUCUGGGUGCGUAGGUGCUCGCUUCUAGUGGGUCAGGUUGGUGCAUCCUCUGUUCCGCCAAAUAUCUUCAACGAUGAGAGUCAGCCUGGCUGAAAUAUCAAGGUGUCUGAGCUUAAGCUGUGUGAACACGCGGCGUCUGCCAUGCUGGGUGAGUCACCGCUUGUUUCAGCUAUUCCUGCAACUCUGCCCCAUGUAGCCUCCCAGACAUUAUUACCUCCCAGGGAUGGACCACGAUUAACCCCGUUGGUCUAGAGAGGGGGUAAUGGGGCAUUAGCUUGUUCUGGAGGUCUGUUGUGCACCUCCAUAGUUACAUAGUUACAUAGUUACAUAGCUGAAAAGAGACUUGCGUCCAUCAAGUUCAGCCUUCCUCAGAAAUGUUGUUGCUGUUGAUCCAAAAGAAGGCAAAAAACCUGGUCUGAAGCACUUCCAAUUUUGCCACAAACUAGGAAAAAAUUCCUUCUUGACCCCAAAAUAGCAGUCAGAUGUCUCCUUGGAUCAAUCAGCUAUUACCCCACUAAUUAGAAAUUAUAUCCCUGUAUGUUAUGUUUUUGUAAGUAUUUAUCCAAUUUCAGUUUAAACAUCUGUAUGGACUCUGACAAAACCACCUCUUCAGGCAGAGAAUUCCAUAUCCUUAUUGUUCUUACUGUAAAAAAACCUUUUCUUUGCCUUAGAUGAAAUCUCCUUUCUUCCAGCCUAAAUGUGUGACCUCGUGUCCUAUGUAUAACCCUGUUUAUGAAUAGAUUUCCAGAUAAAGGUUUGUACUGGCCCCGAAUAUAUUUGUAUAAAGUUAUCAUAUCCCCUCUCAGGCGCUGUUUUUCCAAACGAAACAGAUUUAAUUUUUGUAACCUUUCUUCAUAACUAAAAUGCUCCAUUCCUUUUAUCAAUUUUGUAGCUCGUCUCUGGACCCUCUCCAGUGCCAUGAUAUCCUUCUUUAGAACAGGCGCCCAAGAUUGCACAGCAUAUUCAAGGUGUGGUCUUACCAGCGAUUUAUACAGAGGCAAAAUUAUAUUUUCAUCCCGAGAAUUUAUGCCCCUAUUUAUACAUGACAAAAUCUUACUGGCCUUAGCAACUGCAGAUUGACAUUGCAUAUUGCUGCCUAAUUUGUUGUCUAUAACAAUGCCCAAAUCCUUCUCGUGUGUGGUUAUCCCUAAUUCACUACCAUUUAGUGUGUAAGUUGCUUGUGCAUUCUUAACCCCGAAGUGCAUAACUUUGCAUUUCUCUAUGUUAAAUUUCAUCUGCCAUUUUAGUGCCCAGUCCCCCAAUCUAUCCAAAUCUCUCUGCAACAAAGCAAUAUCCUGCUCACAUUUUAUUACUUUACAAAGUUUUGUGUCAUCUGCAAACACUGAUACAUGGCUUUCAAUGCCUAUUUCAAGAUCAUUUAUAAAUAUGUUAAAUAGAAGUGGUCCCAAAACAGAACCCUGACAUGGAAAUCGGCCACCUCUCCCGCCUGGGGUGCGCUAGGCCGCAUGAUUGAAUGUGGAGUAAACAAGCUCUGGUAGUGUGGCGGAUUACUUCACGGUGAGUCCCCUAAGGUGAGGAUCUGAUAAUGUGAUGGCUUUAGUCACCAUAGCCAGAAGAGCCUAGAAAAAUGCUUAUUUCUUCAAAAUAGUGGAGGAGCUCACUCAGGAGAUGUCUCUACACCAUGACAGUUGGGCCCUGCCCGACCAAUUAUUUUCCCCCUUGAAGAUGGUUAAAACAGCUCUAUAACUUUGAAACUGCAGACAUCAUGGACAGAAAACAAAAUGGAGUUGCCUGGAUAUCGAGGUCUGGCAUCAGGAAGUAUUGAUUAUAAAUAAAAGCAUGUGAUAAUAGGCAGAGAAUACUUAUUCAAAUACUAGGGGCAGAAGGAAAGGAAAGCUAAAGGGGGAAAAAACAUGACUGUGCCACUUUAACACCAUCAUAUAGAAAGCUUGUAUAGUUUUAAUAAUUUUUCCUAAUUGUUUAUGGGGUGUGUCCUGGAUCUGAUUUGAGUCAGAAGCUCUGCUUUCCUAUUAUGCUGCAGCAACAAGUAUAGCCAGAAACCAAGGCCAUCUAAAUAGCUAUGUAUCUAUCCCCCAAAGGCAAGAAACCCUGAUUGCAUCCCACUAAAGAAAAAAGAUGAAACAUACAGAGAGAAACAGCUGCAAAAAGCAGGUGUAUCCAACUGCAUGAAUCUGGAGCAAAAUAAAGUAGUCUCACAAACAAAUAUAGAUAAAUAA